GCUCCGUGGCGGCCGCCCGAGACACGUGUGCCCGCGCCCGGCGGGCGUGCGGGGAAGCGCGGCCACGCCUGGUCCGGCCACCAUUUCUCCGGCACCCACCGGUUCGAGUGCGGAGCCUGAAGCAUGAGCGGCGACUCGGAGCGCGCGGUGGCCCCAGGGGUGGUGCCUGCACCCUGCGCCUCGAAGGUGGAGCUGCGGCUGAGCUGCCGGCACCUGCUGGACCGGGACCCGUUGACCAAGUCCGACCCCAGCGUGGUGCUGCUGCAGCAGACGCAGGGCCAGUGGCUACAGGUGGACAGAACAGAGGUGGUGAAGAGCAGCCUGCAUCCUGCGUUCUCCAAGGUCUUCACUGUCGACUACUACUUCGAGGAGGUGCAGAAGCUACGGUUCGAGGUGUAUGACACCCACGGGCCUAGUGGGCUGACAUGCCAGGAUGAUGACUUCCUAGGGGGCAUGGAGUGUACCCUGGGUCAGAUUGUGGCCCAGAAGAAAAUGACACGGCCAUUGCUGUUGCGAUUCGGCAGGAAUGCUGGCAAGUCCACCAUCACGGUGAUAGCAGAGGACAUCUCUGGGAACAACGGCUAUGUGGAGCUCUCCUUCCAGGCCCGGAAACUGGAUGACAAGGACCUCUUCAGCAAGUCGGACCCCUUCCUAGAGCUGUAUCGGGUCAAUGAUGACGGGAGUGAGCAGCUGGUGUACAGGACAGAGGUAGUGAAGAAUAACCUUAACCCAGUGUGGGAGCCCUUCAAGGUGUCCCUGAAUUCACUCUGCAGCUGCGAGGAGACGCGGCCUCUGAAGUGCCUGGUCUGGGACUAUGACUCCCGAGGAAAGCAUGACUUCAUUGGCGACUUCACCACCACGUUCGCAGAGAUGCAGAAGGCCUUUGAGGAGGAGCAGCAGGCCCAGUGGGACUGUGUGAAUGCCAAGUACAAGCAGAAGAAGCGCAAUUACAAGAAUUCCGGGGUGGUGAUCCUGGCAGACCUGAAGCUCCACAGGGUCCACUCCUUCCUGGAUUACAUCAUGGGUGGCUGCCAGAUCCACUGCACGGUAGCCAUCGACUUCACAGCCUCCAACGGUGACCCGAGGAACAGCUGCUCCCUCCACCACAUCAACCCUUACCAGCCGAAUGAGUACCUGAGGGCACUGGUGGCAGUGGGCGAGGUCUGCCAGGAUUAUGACAGUGACAAGCGAUUUUCUGCUCUGGGAUUUGGAGCCCGGAUCCCUCCCAAGUAUGAGGUGUCCCAUGACUUUGCCAUCAAUUUCAACCCUGAGGACGACGAGUGUGAAGGAAUCCAGGGCGUGGUGGAGGCCUACCAGAACUGCCUGCCGAAGGUCCAGCUCUACGGCCCCACCAACGUGGCACCCAUCAUCUCUAAGGUGGCCCGCAUGGCAGCAGCCGAGGAGAGCACGGGAGAGGCUUCUCAAUAUUACAUACUGCUGAUCCUCACGGACGGUGUGGUGACAGAUAUGUCGGACACUCGAGAGGCCAUCGUGCGUGCCUCCCACCUGCCCAUGUCUGUCAUCAUUGUUGGGGUGGGCAACGCUGACUUCACGGAUAUGCAAAUCUUAGAUGGGGAUGAUGGAGUCCUGCGUUCCCCACGGGGCGAGCCUGCACUCCGAGACAUCGUCCAGUUUGUGCCCUUCCGUGAACUGAAGAAUGCGUCCCCUGCGGCACUCGCCAAGUGUGUGUUGGCCGAGGUGCCAAAGCAGGUGGUUGAGUACUACAGCCACAAGGAGCUGCCUCCUCGAAGCCUUGGCGCCCAGACUGGAGAGGCCGGUGCCAGCUCAGCGCCAUGAGAAUGUCAGGGGAGGGAACAGUCCUUCCGUCCAUCUAUGGCAUCUCCCGUGCCCCCAGAGACCCUCAGAAACUGAUCACCCAGUCCAGACCCCAGCCCUGCUCCUGCGUUCUGCUGGCCUGUGUCAGUGGCCUGGUCCCCAACAUGAAGAGAUCCAGGCCUUGUGGCAUGACAGAAAUCAGCAGCUCCCCCAGGUCUGGGCCUCUCUGUACCUAGCAGGCAUGGAGCAGGGUGUUCUGAAAGAACUGGAGCUACAACGAUGCUCUCUCUCCCUCUUGCUUGAGGUCAUUCUCCUGUCAAUCAUAGCACCACUUCAGAAGAGCCCUCAAGCCCAACUUGGCCCAAAGAGAUGGGUGGGAUCACACUUGUCAUAAUCCUGGCAGUUCAGCUAUGGAAAGGGUGGUGAAUGGGUGGUCAACCUGGAGAAUCUUGCCAUUUGAUCAUGUGGAGAGAGGAAGUACCCCAACCCUUAAGGACACCCAUAUCUAGGCACUUUGUCCCCAUAGGUUUCUCUGUCCUGUCUGGUGCCACUCCAAGCUGUGCCCAUACCUGAGACCCAGGGGCCUGUGGGGUCUGGGAGGUAGCUUAGGGUAUAAUAAAGUAUUCCCUCAUUCUCACA